AUGAGAAUACAGACCCGACCAGAUUCGCAUAGAGGGUUCCCUUGCAGUGUUACUGCUUGUAAGGAGGAGGAAGGAAAAGGGAUUAACCACUCACAAAUCCUCUGAGGCUCAGCGCAUCCAACACAUUUAUCGCUCUAAUAGAAAGGACCCCCAAGUCUUCCAUUCAACGCCCUAAUCACGUCAGUGCUGUUCAUUUUUAAUUCAUAGUUGAAUUAAAUAACUAAAUAUUUGAAGUUGUUGUUAUUAGCAACAAAUAUGCCAACCCAGGUGACUGCAGCCUCAGAGGUGGCCUCUGCUGAAGAUCGUACCUAUCCUCCUCCUCCUCUCCUGCAAGAAAAUGCACAUAUUCCUGAUUUCAACACAUACACAGAGUUGUACAGGAAAUCCAUCCAGAACCCACAAGAAUUUUGGAUGGAAGCUGCAUCAGAGUUCACUUGGAAAACGCAGCCUUCUGGAAAAGUACUGGAUUAUAAUUUUGAUGUCACCAAAGGCAAAAUAUUUGUAGAAUUCAUGAAAGGAGCGAAAACAAACAUUUGUUACAAUGUGCUGGACAGAAUUGUCAUUGAGAAAAACCUGGGGGAGAAGACAGCAUAUUUCUGGGAAGGCAAUUCAUCUUCUGAAUCAUCUGUUAUAUCAUAUGGUUACCUAUUGAAAAAAGUCUGCAAGUUUGCUAAUGUCUUAAGGAAAUUGGGUGUGGUGAAGGGUGAUAGAGUGGCAAUUUAUUUGCCAAUGAUCCCAGAGCUUGUGUAUGCCAUGUUGGCAUGUGCCAGGAUUGGUGCCAUUCAUUCAAUAGUGUUUGCAGGAUUUUCCUCAGAAUCUCUGUGUGAAAGGAUCAUGGACUCUCAGUGCUCUGUGCUCAUUACUGCAGAUGGUGUUUUCAGAGGAGAAAAAUUGAUCAACCUAAAACAAAUUGCAGACGAAGCCAUGGAAAAAUCCAAAGAAAAAGGACACCUUGUGAAGAACUGUGUUGUAGUAAAGCAUCUCACAGACAAGCUGAACAACCAAAACCAAGCAAAACUGCAGACUGCCUGGGACCCUGAUGUUGACAGCUGGUUGGAUGAGUUGAUGCAGGACGCCAGUGAGGAGUGUGAGCCAGAGUGGUUGGAUGCAGAAGACCCUCUUUUCAUCCUCUACACCAGUGGAUCUACUGGAAAGCCAAAGGGAGUGUUACACACAGUUGCUGGUUACCUCAUCUACACUGCCAUGACGUUCAAGUAUGUGUUUGACUUCCAUGCGGACGAUGUGUAUUGGUGCACAGCAGACAUCGGAUGGAUUACUGGCCACUCCUACAUAGUCUAUGGACCAUUAGCCAAUGGAACUACCAGCGUAAUGUUUGAAGGAAUUCCUACUUACCCACAUGCUGGAAGAUUUUGGGAAAUUAUCGAAAAAUACAAAGUAACAAAAUUUUACACCGCGCCCACUGCCAUACGCUUAUUGAUGAAAUAUGGAAAUGACAAUGUUGAGAAGUUUGAUUUAAAUUCAUUGAAAAUCUUGGGUACAGUAGGAGAACCGAUCAAUUCUGAAGCUUGGCUGUGGUAUUACAAUAUUGUCGGUAAUCAGCGAUGUCCCAUAGUUGACACUUUUUGGCAAACAGAGACUGGAGGUCAUGUACUAACUCCAUUACCUGCCGCCACACCACUGAAACCAGGAUCAGCUACAUUUCCAUUUUUCGGAGUUGUCCCGGCUGUUCUGAAUGAGCACGGAGAAGAGUUGGAGGGAGAAGCUGAAGGUUAUUUAGUCUUUAAGCAGCCAUGGCCAUCUGUAAUGAGAACAUUAUAUGGCAACCAUGAACGCUAUGAAAGCACCUACUUCAAUAAGUUCCCUGGCUAUUACGUUGCAGGAGAUGGAUGCAGAAGAGAUAAAGACGGGUACAUCUGGAUUACGGGAAGGAUUGAUGACAUGCUUAAUGUUUCAGGGCACUUGAUGAGUACAGCAGAGGUCGAGUCUGCCUUAGCCGAGCACCCAGCAGUGGCAGAGGCUGCAGUGGUGAGCCGUCCGCACAAGGUGAAAGGAGAAUGUCUAUACUGCUUUGUCAUUUUGAAGGAUGGAAAGAAAUUCACAGAGAGGGUUUCAGAGGAACUAAAAAAACAAGUUCGGGAAAAAAUUGGACCAAUAGCAACACCGGACUUCAUCCAGAAUGCUCCUGGAUUACCCAAAACACGCUCAGGUAAAAUAAUGAGAAGAGUCCUGCGCCAGAUUGCACGAAAUGAGAAGGAUUUGGGAGACACCUCAACUCUGGCCGAUCCAAGUAUUGUUGAGGUCCUCUUUAGCCAGAGAUGUGAAGCAGCAGCAUGAGGUGUCCACAGAUACAUUGUUUAAAUGUUCAUUAAAUCUACUUAUAGACUUUAUCAAGCCCGUCCAUAUGGAGUAACAAAAGUUUGUGGAAUCUGCAGAUGUCAGCAAAAUCCACAAAUUUGAAAGAAACCUAAAGGGUCCCGCUUAAGAAAAAGUUCUUUGUUAAUUUAUCCAAAGUAACUAAUUUACUUUUAAUCUUCUUAUUCUUCCUGUGUUUAUAAAAUGUUUGACUCUAUUUCAUGUAUGUAAGUUGAUUUUAUAAAAAUAUUUGAGACGUUACUUUUUUAUUUUUAUGUUUCAUUUUCUUCCGCAUUGUUAAGACUAUCGUGAUUUGUACGAAAAUAAAUGUAAUUUUAAUCUUUAUUUCUUCUUUUGCACAGUGGCUUAUAGUGAAUGUAACUACAAGACCACAUGUGGCAUUAUUACCUCAGAUCUGAAUAGUGAUCAUACAGCCGAACUGUUAUAUAAGCUGAUAACCUUAUCAAAUGAAUGUGAAUACUUGUUUUAAAGGUUAAGACCAUGCUAAAGGUGACUGUGUAAAAUGCUUAGUCGUGAUUUUCGGUGCUUGGCCUUGGUGUAUGCUUUUCUGUUAGGGAUUUUAUGACAUUAGAGACAUUGAUAAUGCAAUGAACAUUCCGUCGUCAAGAAAGUGAUAUGUAUUUGGUAAAAAUAGCUUGCGGUAUAGUAUCCAAUAAAAGGUGAAUGUUACUGAAACCAAAUCAAUAACAUUAGGGGGGAAAACUGUCUGGAGAGCAUCAUUUUUAUCUUCUGUAAUUUAUACUUAAUGACCUUGUGUGCUACUUUUUUGAUAUACUCAAAAUAUAUAUACGGGAGAAGUUAACAAUUCUCAUUGCAAUGGCGGUUCCAUGUAUUGUAACAUUGUCUUGCAAAGUAGUAAAUGUUUUCCAAUUUCUUAUGUUUUUUGUUUUCACAUUAUGUUUAAUGCCAUCCCAGGAAAGCAAAAAAUUCCAUAUAAUUGAGGGUUUGCCAUAUGGUGAAUCAGUGGGUGAAAAUUUCUAGAUGGGUAUUUAGGGAAAUGUUUGAGUAGUCCCUAUUCUUGGCUACUAUGUCAUAUGACAGUCUCAAAAAGGACUCUAAUUUUGUACUAAAACCGUUAACAUGAGGAUCUGCACAGUAGCCAAAUAAAAUCUGAGACAUGUCCAAUAUAGUAAGUAACUAUAAAAAACAGCACUUUAUUAUCUCAGAAUGUUGAGAAUAUAGAUCUUCUACGUGUUUUCAUUUUUAUUACCUGGGUUUUAUGUGCUAUGAAACACAUGAUGUAACAAACUAUUGCAAAUAAAAUUAUGUUUUUUAAUUUAAA